CUUUUUUACCUCGGACAUAAACCCUGACUUUGUGGCUGUGUUAACUAGUGACGACCGGCUAACUAGCUGCACUGCGGUUUGCUACUAGCUGUUACUGCACCCGGAUGCAUUUUCGAUAUCAUAGCUAGCUAUAGUUUGGAGACCGCGUCUAUCCUGCACUUCCCAAUUAAAUCUGAUCUAUGUUUUUUUCUGAAGAUUUUUUCAGAGGAAAAUAACAAUAAGAUGCUUUCAUGGGACUACAGAUGCCGAUGCCUUUGAUGGGAUUGUAUUGCAUGAAGCAUAAUGAGGGUGAAUUGAAAAACAGGACAGAACCUUAAUGUUAACAUUUGGAGGUGCUGAAUCUGCAUACUUUUGGGGGAAGAAGAUCUGCAUAAAAUGGAGAUGGAGGAAACAUGCGUUGUUAGAAAGAAUAUAGUCGAUUUUUAACCUCAGGCCAAAUCUUAUUGGUCUUAAAUUGUGUAUUGGGAAAAAUAUAUCAUAUAUCAAGAUGACUUCAGAAGGAUUCCAGUACAGAGCACUGUAUGACUAUAAAAAGGAGAGGGAGGAGGACAUUGAUUUGCAUGUAGGCGAUAUACUUGUGGUGAGCAAGGGUGCUCUGCUGGCCCUAGGCUGCCCUAAUUGGGCUGAAGAAAAACCAGAUGAGAUUGGGUGGCUGCCAGGAUUCAAUGAGACAACUCAUGAAAAAGGUGACUUCCCCGGGACUUAUGUUGAGUUUGUGGGAAGAAAAAUAAUUUCACCACCAACACCAAAACCAAGGCCACCUAGGCCUCUUCCUUCCACAUCAGAUCUAGCCAGGACAGAUUCAGAAUCAGAGGGCUUCAUGUUGCCAGAUCUGCCAGAACAGUUUGCUCCUCCAGAGACUGCAUCACCCAUCCUGGUCAAGCUUCUGGAGGCAAUAGAAGGCAAAGGUUUGGAAUGUCCAACCCUUUAUAGAACUUUCACAGCAGCUUGUGGGCUGGAUAUGAGACAGUUCACUGACUGUGAUUUGGAGCCUUUGGACCUACAGUCGCUAUGUGAUGGCCUUUGGAGAUACCUGCAGGAUUUGCCUAAUCCAGUUGUUCCCACCUCUCUCCAAAGUGAGAUGAUUCAUGCAGCACAGGAGGUAAAGGAUCCAAAGGACUGUGCCCAGUUGUUGCGCAGAAUAGCCAGCUCAUCUAACCAUCCGCCCCAAUACUGCCUCACGUUCUACUGCCUCAUCAAACAUUUCUGCCGGAUUUCUCAGAACACCAGCAAAAACCAACUCUGUGUCAGAGACUUGGCGGAAAUCUUUAGCCCUGUGCUUUUCAGGCUUCAACCAGCAAGCUGUGAGGCCAGCCCGGAUUCCCUUAUCAAGAUUCUAGAGAUCUUGGUCAACAGUGAAUUGAGUGAAACCCAGGCUGCUCCAGCUUUGCCCCCGAAACCACCAAAGGCCCCUACCCCAGUUCCAAACAACGGGUUCAACAACAACAUGGCCUUGCAAGAUGGGGAGUGGUACUGGGGAGACAUCUCAAGGGAGGAGGUGAAUGAGAAGCUGAGAGACACAGCUGAUGGUACGUUUCUGGUCCGAGAUGCAUCCACCAAAAUGCAUGGAGACUACACACUGACUCUGAGGAAAGGAGGAAAUAACAAACUGAUCAAAAUAUUCCAUCGGGAUGGGAAGUACGGCUUCUCGGACCCACUGACAUUCAACUCGGUGGUUGAGCUCAUCAAUCACUACAGACACGAGUCCUUAGCCCAGUACAACCCAAAGCUGGACGUGAGACUGCUGUACCCAGUGUCAAGGCUCCAGCAGGACCAGGUUGUUAAAGAGGACAACAUUGAAGCUGUCGGUAAAAGGCUGCAGGAGUACCACCUUCAGUUCCAGGAGAAGAACCGAGAGUACGAUCGUCUGUACGAGGAGUAUACAAGAACAUCACAGGAAAUUCAAAUGAAGAGAACGGCUAUUGAGGCAUUCAAUGAAACCAUAAAGAUCUUUGAGGAGCAGUGCCAAACCCAAGAGCGCUAUAGCAAGGAGUACAUUGAAAAGUUCAGGAGAGAGGGUAACGAUAAAGAAAUCCAGAGAAUCAUGGGAAACUACGACAAACUGAAAUCGAGAAUAAGUGAGAUUGUGGACAGCAAACGGCACCUGGAGGACGAUCUGAAAAAGCAAGCAGCGGAUUACAGGGAGAUCGAUAAGAAGAUGAACAGCAUCAAACCUGAUCUGAUUCAGCUCCGCAAGACCAGAGACCAUUACCUAAUGUGGCUGACACAAAAGGGAGUGAGGCAGAAGAAGCUGAAUGAAUGGUUGGGUAUCAAGAAUGAAAACCCAGAGGAUGAGUACUCAAUGGUUGAAGAUGACGAGGACCUCCCACAUCAUGAUGAACGUUCGUGGAGGCUAGGUAACAUCAACCGGCUGCAGGCAGAAGCUCUGCUCCGGGGGAAGAAGGACGGAACAUUCCUGGUCCGGGACAGUAGCAAAGCUGGCUGCUACGCCUGCAGUGUUGUUGUUGAGGGUGAGGUGAAGCAUUGUGUUAUCAACAAGAGUCAUACGGGCUAUGGAUUUGCAGAGCCGUAUAACCUGUAUGGCUCCCUAAAAGAACUAGUCCUGCAUUACCACCACACGUCACUCGUACAGCACAAUGAUUCUUUAAAUGUCACGCUCGCCUACCCAGUUUACACACAGAAGAGGCGGUGAGGAACUCAUGGUGAGGACUUGGACUUCAUGAUGGACAAUCAAGAUGAUUUCUUUGGAAAUGCAAAUGCCUAGGAUGGUAUCAAUUAAAAAAGGGAAACAUUGGUACAGGUGUUUUGACAUUUUGGAAAUUUCAAAAAUCAGGAGAUGGUCCUCGUUUUAAUCUUUUUUUGUUGUUUUUUUGUGCUUUUUCCUUUGGAUAGCCAUGAUUACAUAUGUGUGAGUGAGCAUGGUAUGUGUAGUCAAGCCUACUAAUUGAACAAGGAGAGACUUCAAGCAGCAUGUGACAUUUUAAGACAGGUUUUCAGACACAGAUUAAGCCUGGUCCUGUGCUAAAAUGCAUGGUCAAUGGAGAGUCUCCAUUGAAAUAGCUUUUUAGUCCCGGACUAGGCUUAAUCUGUGUCUGGGAAACUGCAUUUUCAGUGUUUGCAUUUAACUGAAAUGUUUGGCUUUCAAUACCAAAGUCUUCAUUCAACAUCC